AUGUCGACAAAAUUUGAAUAUGAACCAAGAAUGAGAUCUGGAAAAGAUUCAAAAAUACAAUCUGGGUAUGUUUUUUCGGCUUUCUUUUCAUUGAAAACCUUUGUUUUAGAAAAAAUGAAAUCGAUUCUGACAUCAAUAAAUGUUAUCAAGAUUAUUCGAGCCCUUCAAAAGAUUUAGAAAAUAUCAAAUAUUAUCCAAGAAGUCAUUCAGUUUCACCAUCAACUGAUUUUUAUUCAACUUCUUCGAUUUCUUCUUCAAAUAUGACUACUGGAACAACAUUCACAUUGGGUUCACAUUGGAAACAAGUUGCGACUGUUCAUGAAAAUGAAACAACUACAAAUGGAACAAUUAGUAGUCAAACACUUACAAUUCCAAUUAUGAAAACUAUGAAAAAGGUAAUUAACUAAUUUUUGUAUUAUCACAAAUAUUUCUAGUGUGUUUUUUUCAGGUUCCAAGUUAUGAAAUAUCAGAAAUUCGUCGAAUUUUGAAUAAUCAAAAUGAUAAAAUGGAUAAUAUCAAAGAUAUUUUGAAAACUACUCGUCAAAAUUUGAAUAAUUCACUUCAAAAAUUGGCAAAAAAUUAUGAUUUGAUAACAACAGAAAAUAAUAAUAAAAGAAAUAAAAUUGAAGAAGAAUUAGAUGAACUCGAAAAUAAAAAUGAUGAAUUUAAUGAAGAAUUCAAUGAAAAAUUGGAAACAUUUUUGGAUAUUUGUUAUGAAUCAAUCGAUAUUAUUGAUAACAAGAAUCGAAUUUCAAAUUUUAUUGAAACAACUUCGAAACAUUUAAUUGAAACAUCAAAUACAACAUUAUUAAUUGAAUCAAAUUUGAAUCGAAUUCAACAAUUAAAACAUCUUGUUGAUAUUGCAAUUGGUUCAAAUAUUCAUUCAAACUUGACAAUUUUCGAACAUGAAAAUGAUCGAAUUUAUCAAGUUAUUAAUAAAUUGAAUGAAUUUAUUCAAAAAUUACCAUUAAAUUUGGAAGAAAGAAAAAGAAUUGAAAAGAAAAUGGAUGAAAAUGAAGGAAAAAUGAAAUAUGAAAUGGUUUUUCGAGAAUUAUUGAUUAUUAUGUCAGAAUGGAAUAAUAUGAGCGAUGCUUCAAAAACAAAUGGAUCAAUUAAAAAUGGAAACUGGAAAAAUAUCAAAGAUGCAUUUGAUAGUUCAAGUUUUUAUUUGACAAGUGAUUCAAAUCUAUCGGAUUUGGAACAAGAAUUGCAAAGUUCUAGAAUUAAAAAAGCCGUUGAUUGUUAUGAAUUUGAGUGAGUUCAGAUGUAAUCGAAAACUUAAAUUUGAAAAAAUUGUUAAUUUUUAGACCAUGGACUACUGCUUCUUCAAUUUCAAAUUGGAGUUCAAGUGGAAAAACAUCAAUUCACUCAGUAAAUGAACCAAUGUCAUUAUCUUCUUAUGAAAUAAUAUCAUCGUCUUUGGGUUCAUCUGAUUCUCAAUUCGAAAAUGAUUACGGAUUAAUCAAAACAGCUUUAUCUGUUGAUUCAAUUGUUGAUUUGAAACCACCAAGAAGUUCGACAAAAUUAGAAAAUGAGAAGAAAUUCGAAGGUAUUCUGUUAAUUGUUGUGAAAAAAACUCAUCAAAACAAUUUCAGAUUCAAAAGUUCAUCCAACAUUUUCUUCUCAAACAUCAAAAUCUGAUACAUUUUCAUGUCCUUCAAUUAGUCUUAUUGGAAUGGUUGAUGAAGGAAUUAAUACAGCAAAAGAAUAUGCUCAAAAUAGUUCGUUCAAUUUAUUGACUUCACUCCAACAAUCAGCAAAUAAAUGUGGAGUUUCAAUUUCUGUAAGUCACAAUUUGUUUUUGUUUUUUCGAAAUUCAAUGAAACUUAUUUUCAGAAUUUGAUGAGCGGUUCAAGCAGUGAAAGUGAAUCCGGAACCCAAUCUUCCACCCCAACUCGUUCAGUUAGAACUUCAGCCGAAAAAACUGAAUUUACCUAA